UAAAAUUAGCUUCUUCUUUUUAGAGUUCUACUUUCACAAAAAAAGAAAAUCCUUUUUUUGCCAAGAAAGAAAAUCUUACAAAUGUUUUUUCUUCCAAUUUAAAUACUUUUAAAAUGUUAUUUUUUAAUAAAAAAGAAAUAAAAACAUACCAAAAACAAGUUCUAUGCCGUCAAGAGUUUUUAGAAAGGGGUUGUCGUUUAUUUCCUCGAAAGGAAAAGCGAAUGUCGUUUACAGAAAAACGACAAAUUUGAAAGGCAGAGGACAAAGAUAUCUGAAAAUUUCCCCUAGGUAUUAAAAUAAUGUUCCCUUCCAAUAAAUAUCAGUCCUAAACUCAAGCACACCCAUCUGUACUCCAUUUCUCUUCAUUUCUUCCUCUCUUUCUCUCAAACCUCGAACCUCCAAGGCCCAAAACUCAGUCUCAGACUCACCGCCUCUCCGAUCCCUCCUCGUCUUGGUUUAUGAGCUCGAAGGAGAGACCCACUCUCGGUGGUACGCGGAUUAAGACCCGCAAACGGAACAUAGCAGCGCCUCUGGACCCUGCAGCUUUUGCGGAUGCAGUGGUCCAGAUUUAUUUGGAUAAUGCUGGUGAUCUGGAAGCUAUUGCCAAGAGCAUCGAAUCUUCAGACCUUAACUUCUCUAGAUACGGUGACACCUUUUUUGAGGUGAUUUUCACUGGGGGUCGGACACAACCUGGAACAACAAAACCUGAUGAGGGGGAGCGUCACCCGUACUCUAUAUUAGAUUAUGAGGCCACACGUGAAGUCAUUUUACCAUCUGUUAUCUACAUACAGAAAAUUCUGAGACGGAGGCCAUUUCUCAUUAAAAACCUUGAAAAUGUCAUGCGAAAGUUCCUCCAGUCCUUGGAGCUUUUUGAGGAAAAUGAAAGGAAGAAGCUGGCAAUUUUUACUGCCCUUGCAUUCUCUCAGAAGCUAUCUGGUCUUCCACCGGAGACUGUGUUUCAGCCACUACUCAAGGACAAUCUUGUUGGCAAAGGGCUAGUCCUUUCAUUUAUUACUGACUUUUUCAAGGAGUACCUUGUUGAUAAUAGCCUCGAUGAUUUGAUUGCAAUUUUGAAACGAGGUAAAGUGGAGGAAAAUCUUCUCGAAUUCUUCCCAUCUGCAAAGCGCUCUGCUGAAGGCUUCUCUGAACAUUUCACUAAAGAAGGGUUGGUACCAUUGGUUGAAUACAACGAUAAGAAAAUAUUCGAGGUGAAGUUGAAGGAGAUGAAAUCUGCCUUGACAACCCAGAUAACAGAGGAAACUGAUAUAUCAGAAGUCAUAGAGACUGUGAAGCAGCGUGUGCGAGAUGCUAAACUACCUGAUAUUGAGGUGGUGCGAAUUUUGUGGGAUGUCAUAAUGGAUGCUGUUCAGUGGUCUGGAAAGAACCAGCAGCAGAAUGCUAAUUCAGCUCUUCGCCAGGUGAAAACAUGGGCGAAGUUGUUGAACGCCUUCUGUACGAGCGGGAAGCUCGAGUUGGAACUGAUUUACAAAGUUCAGAUGCAGUGCUACGAGGAUGCUAAGCUUAUGAAACUGUUCCCUGAAAUUGUAAGAUCCCUUUAUGACCAGGAUGUUCUUGCUGAGGAUACCAUUCUUCAUUGGUUCCGCAAAGGAACCAACCCCAAGGGCAGGCAAACUUUUGUGAAGGCCCUGGAGCCAUUUGUGAAUUGGCUGGAAGAAGCAGAAGAGGAGGAAUAGAAAGCAAGGCUAGGCCUUGUCUAGCUCUCUCGUUCUCUCUCUUGCUGUGAAGUAGCGUUCCCUUAUAUUUGCUGCUGCUGAGAUGUAAAACUCAUAAAAGAAAAUGUGUGCUGUGCUGUUGCUAUGACCCACUCUUAUGCUUUAUUAAUUUUGAAUAAUCAAGUCUACUUUUUGUUUUGCUUA